CAUUAUUGUUUUUGCUAACAGUCAAACAUGCAACUAAUUGUGCUAUUUUUUGUUUUCCUCUUUGGUUGCAGAGAAGGGGUAGGGCUGGUCGUGUGCAGCCAGGAGAAUGCUACCACCUUUACCCCAAAUGUGUUUAUGAAGCCUUUUCUGAAUAUCAACUUCCUGAACUACUGAGAACACCUUUGAACUCUCUUUGCUUGCAAAUAAAAAGUUUGCAGGUUGAGAGCAUUGGAGAGUUCUUAUCAGCAGCUUUACAGGCACCGGAGCCACGAACUGUUCAAAAUGCUAUUGACUUUCUGAAGAUGAUUGGAGCACUGGAUGAAAAAGAAAAUCUUACAAAUCUCGGGAGUUUUCUCUCUAUACUUCCUGUAGAUCCCAAGCUGGGCAAAAUGUUAAUAAUGGGAGCUAUAUUUCGAUGCUUUGAUCCUGUUCUUACAAUUGUAGCUGGCCUUAGUGUCAGGGAUCCUUUCCUUUUGCCCCAAGACAAGAGGGAUUUAGCAGGGACAGCAAAGUCUAGGUUUUCUGCCAAAGAUUACAGUGAUCAUAUGGCUCUUGUUCGAGCAUAUGAAGGAUGGAAAGAUGCAGAAAGAGAAGGAUCGUCUUAUGAAUACUGCUGGAGAAAUUUUCUCUCUGCCCAAACUCUUCAGGCUAUUCAUUCACUUCGGAAGCAGUUUAGCUUCAUCUUGAAAGAUGCUGGCUUGGUAGAUGCUGAUGCAAGCAUGAUUAACAAAUUGAGUCACAAUCAGUCUCUUGUCCGUGCUGUCAUUUGUUCUGGACUCUUUCCUGGCAUAGCAUCAGUGGUGCACAGGGAGACAUCCAUGUCAUUUAAAACAAUGGAUGAUGGCCAGGUUUUAUUAUAUGCUAAUUCUGUGAAUGCACGUUACCAGACCAUCCCAUACCCAUGGCUGGUUUUUGGUGAGAAAGUUAAGGUCAAUGCUGUUUUCAUCCGUGAUUCCACUGCUGUAUCUGAUUCAAUACUUAUCCUUUUUGGUGGUGCUCUAAGUAAUGGGAUACAGGCUGGGCAUCUAAAAAUGUUAGAUGGAUAUGUUGACUUCUUCAUGGAUCCUAAUUUAGCUGAUUGCUAUUUGAAGCUUAAGGAAGAGCUCAAUAAGCUUAUCCAGAAGAAGCUUGAAGAUCCUAGCAUUGACAUUCACAAGGAAGGGAAGUACUUGAUGCUUGCUGUUCAGGAGCUAGUUUCAGGGGAUCAAUGUGAAGGAAGAUUUGUGUUUGGCCGUGAAAGCCGGAAGUCAAGGGCCUCUAAUGAUGAAAAUAAAUUCACAAAAGAUGGGACAAAUCCCAAGAGCUUGCUGCAAACACUGUUGAUGCGAGCAGGACACUCCCCACCAAAAUACAAAACCAAACAUCUCAAGACGAAUGAGUUUAGGGCACUGGUGGAGUUCAAGGGAAUGCAAUUUGUUGGCAAACCGAAGAGAAACAAGCAGCUUGCAGAAAGGGAUGCUGCUAUAGAGGCAUUGGCUUGGUUGACUCAUACUUCUGACAAUAAUCAGCCCGAAGAUGAUAACUCUCCUCCGGACGUCACUGACAACAUGCUAAAACUCCUAGGGAAGCGUAGAAAAUCAAAGCGACGCCAUGAUUGACAAGUCAUCCAUAGAUGGUUUUGGGUUAGUUGAUCCUAUCCUUUUCAACUUUGAUCAGUAGCCUAGCACCAUGCAACUUGUUGCAUGAUUGUGAAUGGAAGGGAUUUAGGAGAGAGACCUAGUAUGAGGUCCUGCCAAGCAUUUUCUUUUUUAGUGGAAUAUAAUUUGUGAUAUUAGGCUCUUUGCUUUCUCAUUUCUCCCCCUUUUGGAGGGCUUGAUAUUGAUUUAGGAUAAAAUAGUUAAUAUAAGAUGGUCGGUCAUGGCCGUCUUCUGGCGCUUAGAGGUUCAUUGUAUAUUUAGCCCACCAAAUUUUGGUAUCAUUCUGUACACCAAUAUUUAAAUAUAUCUUGUGUCCAAGACCGAGAUAUAUAAAGUUGUAGUUAGGAAUGACAUGCCCUGCAAUUUCUUAUAGCAACAUUCAAUAGAAUCAAAUAUAUUUUGGUGCUUGGUCUUCCCGGUAAAAGCUGUGAUGUACUAGUACACAUUUAAAAAUACUAAUGGUUUUACUCUUUUUGA